GUAACAGUGGGCGAAAUUUAUUAAUAAUUAGGGUUUGCUUUUUGGCUUCUUCUUCUCCUUCUUCUUCUUCUUCUGGUAUGGUGGGAUUACGAAAGUAGCUCGCCACAAUUAUGUACAACUCCGAGCACAAAUCUGGUCUCUGCACUCCAAUGAGUCCAAGGAUCUCCUUCUCCAACGAUUUCGUGGAGGUCCACCACGACCGGAUCUGCUCCAGAUCCGACCCGCCGCCUUCACUGUCGUCGCCGUCGCCGCCGUCGUCGUCGGACUUCGAGUUUUCGGUGUCGAACUACUCCAUGAUGAGCGCCGAUGAACUCUUCUUCAAGGGUCAGUUGCUUCCGUUCAAGGACAACCCCCAGUUUCAGAAGACGACCACUCUGAGGGAGGAGCUCCUCGUCGACGAAGACGAGGACAGUGACAAAGUCGUUUCGCUGAGGCCGCCCAAGGGCGGGUCUGCGUCUACGGCCAAGUGGAAGGGCCUCCUCGGCCUCAGGAAACAUCACAUUGGGUCAAAGAAAUCUGACCAGAAGGCCGGUGCUCCCGACGAAGUGAAGAAUGCCACCACUUCAAUACAGGAACUGCUGAUGAGUAGGGACGAAGAGUCGAGUUGCAGAGAUAUAGGGAUGGAGAUAUAAUUAAUGGCAUUAUUGAUUUUUAAUUUAUAUAAAUGUUCAGAUCAAGGUGAUGGAUGAAUUUGUAAAGGUGCAAUUUUUUUUUUCUUUUUCCCUAUGGGACGGAGGACGGUACCUUCCAUUUUUAAUUAUCAGAGCAGAGGACGCGGUUAAUGAUGUUCAGAGGCCGUAGCUAUUUUAUGAUAAUUAAUUAAUGGAUUUGUUUUAACUUUGAUUA